UGGCAUCCCGUUGAGAAUUAAUGGGCCAUCGGUUAAAAGGCGCACAGACUGCUCAGACGUAAAUAAAUGUCAUUCUCCAAAAACACUAUUCAUUGUCUACGUCGUUUGACAUCCCACGUAGCCUUGUGGGUUUUAUUCAUAUAUUAGACCUCAGUCAAGAGACCGUUUACGCACAGGUGGGAGAUACCCGUUUCGUAGGACGGCCCCCUCUUUCAGUUCCACAGCGGAUGAUGUGAGCGAGUGACAUUUGCCGUUGCGGUUUGGGACAGUAGGCGAAUCUGCAAACAGGUGUGCGGCUGCCCGAAUCCGGCCCAGACGCCUUUUCCUGCUUGUUCGUGUGGAAAGCCUACCUAGGUCUCGAAACAAUCAUCCUCGUAGCGGGACGGGGAGAGGAGGGGGAGUUUGUUCCCUUUUCAGUUGCUGGCAUUCAAAUAGCCUAUUUUUUUCUAUCAGGCUAUACAACAAAGGGAUAAGGUCCAUAGAGAAAACGCUAUGACAACUAAAAAGACAUGCACGGAUUUAACGAAAAGGAGCCGAAGCCCCGUCGUUUUAGAGGCGGAGAUGUUCAGGGAAUUUCAGGACUGGUGUCUCCGGACUUACGGUGACUCGGGUAAAACAAAGACUGUCACCCGCCGAAAAUACAACAAAAUUAUGCAGACUCUUUUGCAGAACGACGACUCAGACGGCGUUUACGUUGAUAAUAGCCACAUCAAUGCCAAAUUUAAAUUCUGGGUGAAGUCAAAAGGGUUUCAGGUCGGAAACAACAUUCUGGGCGAGCACAACAAGAAAGGAGCACCGGGGAAGCCCGUCCUGUACGUUCCUGUCAAAUCAACGUGUUCAGACGGCAGUGCGACCCAGGACAGCUCCCUGAAGCGAGUGGCGGUGGUGGAGGACUUCUUCGACAUCAUCUAUGCCAUGCAUGUGGAGAUGGGGGCCGAUCCCGGGCGAGCCCCCAAACAUGCGGGCCAGAAGAAGACCUACAAGGCGAUUGCGGAGACAUACGCCUUCUUACCCAGAGAGGCUGUGACCCGUUUCCUGAUGAGCUGUGGAGAAUGCCAGAAGAGGAUGCACAUCAACCCAAGCACUGCAGAGUUCAAAGAAAAUGACCGUCCCACUUCUCUGGUCCCAGACCUCAUUGACUAUAACAUGCCUCUUACUGCCACCUACCUGAAGCAGAUGAAACUGCAGUGUAUGAAUGCCAAUGAGCAGGAUGACAGUUCGGUGAGCAGUGAGGACAUGGACAUGGCAGAGCCGGCGUGGGUCUCCGCUGAGCGCGCUCCCAUUCCCGCCUCGAAUUCCGCUCCGGCCGCCGCUCUCGCUCUCGCCGCGGCCGCGGUCGCUGCUGCCUCCGUACCGCAGCCCAGCCCACCCCGAGAAAGCCCCCAGCCCGCCAUCAAAGAGGAGGACGAUGACUCGUCCUCGGAGAACGGCAGUGCCAACGGCCUCCCCGCCCUGACCCUGCCUGGGGCCACUGUGGUGCCUGGGGUGGUUGCUGUGGUAACCGCUGACGGGGCUCUGCCGUAUCGGGAGGUGAACGGGAACGGGACGGUGGCGACGCCGCUGGACUUCAGCACCACUUCCUCCUCUUCCUCGUCUGAAGACCAGCAGCCUGUGAGCAUGACAGACCGGCUGCUGCCCGUGCAACCUGAGCCCACCAGGAAGUACCCUGUCAAAUCAGAGUAUGGCAACAAGUCUCCUCAGUACAGCUCAGGGAGCUAUGACUCGGUGAAGACUGAAGUGAGCAUGUGUGUGGAGGAGCUGACAUCAGCCCGGUCCCAGGCCUUGGAUGAUGAUGAUGACGAGCACGAUGACCAUGACGACAGUGAUAAAAUCGCAGAGGGCCUGGACCCCGAGAGACUGAAGGCCUUUAAUAUGUUUGUGCGUCUCUUUGUGGAUGAGAACCUGGACCGCAUGGUGCCCAUCUCCAAGCAGCCUAAGGAGAAGAUCCAGGCCAUCAUCGAGUCAUGCAGUCGCCAGUUCCCUGAGUUCCAGGAGCGCGCCCGCAAGCGUAUACGCACCUACCUCAAGUCCUGCCGCCGCAUGAAGAAGAGUGGCUUCGAGACUCGUCCCACACCCCCCCACCUCACCUCUGCCAUGGCUGAGAAUAUCCUGGCUGCUGCCUGUGAGAAUGAGUCACGCAAUGCUGCCAAGAGGAUGCGACUAGACAUCUACCAGACCAAUGACGAGCAGAUCUCCAUAGAUAAACCCGGCUCCAGGGACCCGGCCGCUCUGGCCCACUCAGGCUUUGCUCUGGCCGCCUCUGCCUACUCCCAGGACCAGCUCUACACCAACGGUGGGCUCAAUUACAGUUUCCGUGGUUACGGGGCCCUCGGUGGCAGCCUGCAGAACAGCGGCACAACACAGAGCAAUGGUCCCACAGAUCUAAGUAUGAAGUCCCUGGCCUCCAACUCCUCCACCUCCUCCAGUUCCAACAGUCAUGGUCAAGGAGGGGGCAACGGUGGGGCUUCAGCCCAGCUGAGUGCCCCUGAGGUGACGGCCGUGCGACAGCUCAUCGCCGGCUACCGCGAGUCUGCCGCCUUCCUGCUUCGCUCCGCCGACGAGCUCGAGAACCUGAUCCUCCAGCAGAACUGAGCCGGGGCGCACCUAUACACACUCUCAAACACAUACACUAUACACGUCGGACCAAACCGAGCCAAUUCGUGCCGAACCGAACCACUCCGAACCUGGUGGUGACCUGGUGUCAGCCUGCCUCUCGUUCCACACACACACACACACACACACACACACACACACGCUCUGUCUCAUUCAUUUUUAUUUUGCCCGGACGUUUACGUGUGACAGUGACGGAGUCAGUAAAGACGCACAAACACACAGAUGCACACGUUCAGCAACAGCGCUCUCUCUCUCUCUCUAUCUCUCUCUCUCUCUUUCUCUAUGUAUUCCAUCUUCGCCAUCACCACGAUCAUUGCAAACCAACUCUUGUUUUCUGGAGAGCGAGGGAAGAGAAAAAAGAAAAGAAAAAACCUCUCUCCAGCCACUAAGAGAAAAGGAAGAGGUGAUAGGUGAAGACGAAGAGGAGCCGUUUGGCUUUCACACUCAAAACUAACAGAUUUUCCUCUUUUUUUUUUUAAAAAAAAAAAAAAUACUCAGACUGUUCUCGCCACUUCCAGCUCUCUCAGCCCCUCGUUGCUUUGGUUCCCAGCUGGGCUCAGAGGUGGAUGUGCAGCUCCUCACUCGUGGACCUAUGCAUUGCACUCAGCACCGUUAUGAUAGAAACACAAGCCGACAAACCCCCCUCCACACACACACCGCUCGGUCUUCUGACAAUCCCGUGGCAUCUCAUUGGACCAGACCAUCGCCUUGUAUGUGUAGCACAGCUGCUGUCCUCCCCACUACCGCGAAAUGACACAUCUCAUAGACAGGGCUGAGAUAGCCAUCUCAGAUCCAGAUCCUCAGAUGUAAGGGGGAAAUGGAGGCAGGAUGGAAGGCUCAGCAACAAACCUGUAACAUCAACAGAAAAACAGAUGGUGUGGAGACAGAAAGAGUGAGUUGUAGUGCAGGUUUCAGCGGUCUGUCUUCUGUCAUAAGGACUUAAUGUAGCUCUAGAUUGACUCCAUAGCCCUUUAACACGUCAUUCCAUCCAUCGUCAUCCUCUAAUGAUGUUUUGGGUGACGGGUCUUGAUUCACACCUCAUUCUCAGUUUUUUUUUUUGUAUAGUUUAUCACUUUUUAAUUCAUGCAUUGAAUUUUUCUCUGUUGUUUUCUGGACUCUGCUGCUACCAACCUGAACAGCUGGCACAUUCAGACAAGCCUCUUAGCCUACGAAUGCCAGAGACAUUUACAAAAAAAAAGACCAAGAUUAAAAAAAAUAAGAAAAGUGCAAAACAGACAGAACAGCUGGUCUUUGCAGAGUCGCAACUGGCUCACUCUCUGUGUCACCACUUCAGGACUUCAGACUUUGAAACUCUGUCUCUUUGGGGCAGGACUUUACCUGGCUGUAAGGAUUCCGGUAAGGAUUCGAAUUGUGACCCCACCCCAUGCGGUAACUCACCUUGGUUGCCAUCCGUCAUUGGACUUGAUUGCAGGCAUGUAACGCCUCACAGAGAAGCUUCCCAGAUGGCGUGUGACUCUAAAGGGGACCCAGCACCUCGCCUGGCCCAGUCAACUGCCUAUACAUGGGUUUGCAGUUCAAGUGCCCGGCCCUCUUAGGUUAACUGCUGCCAUAAGUCAAACUCUCUCUCUCUCUCUCUCUCACUCUCUCUCUCCCUCUGUCAGUCACACCCAAAAUGCCAUAACUGAUGAAAAUGCCGUAUUUUUUGCAGAUUGUAGCGUAGGCCUGAAGGAUUUUCUUAGGUUAACGGAUAUUACUCCAUUAGAGCCUUUUGUAUCGUUUAGUACCAUUGAAGCCAGAGGAAGGAGACGUCAGAUGUGGCAAUGCUCCACACGAGGGCUUGCCAAUAGUAAGUCUAGAUGUAGUUUUGUGUUGAUGGGUCACAAGUGCCAUGUUCAUAACCACCUUCCUUACUGCCUGUAUCUCAUCAACUGUUCACGGUCACCCACUACUUAAAGACCCGCUACUUUUUUUGCUGUUGCUACAGACAUGUUUUUUUUUUCUUGCUGUUGCUACCUUUCAGCACUUCAGUCAGCGCUUGAGCGCAAUCGUGUCCUGUAAUUUGUCAUUGGUCGCAGACCCAACACAUAGCACAUUUUGCAGAGGGUCCCUUGGCAUGACACAUUGCACACUAUUCUGUUUCUGUGGCAAGAAGCUACGUGUCCCCUAUGAUGGGGGAUUUAAAGAUGUGUAUACUCUAGGGUAUGGGACAGGGAAGGGAAAUGGGAAUUGUGACAGUGCUUACUAAUGAAAGCCAUGGUCUUUGACCACUCUGUAACACAAAGUACAUUUACAAUUUAGCUAAUCUAAUCAACAGGAACUGACGAUGCUAUUGAAGUAGAACAUGAAGUGCAACACAGAUGAUAAUCAACAGAGAUUUAGUGGAUGCUGAGUUCCUUACACAUACACCAAACUCGAAACAUGCACACAUGCCUACAUUUAGCAUGGUAGCUGUACCCAUAAACACACACACGCACAAUUAGUUGGAUUGUGACUGACUGUUAAUAUAUAGCUAGGCUGUCCCAUUCCAGUUAGUUGGUCAGUUUGGCUGUAAGAGUUUAUAUGCAAAAGGAGCUAUUGGACCAGCUGCAGCAAGUUUAGUGUCAGAGUACCUGACACUUCCGCCCAACCAUCCCAGACAGAGAACAGUACUCUCAUAAACCACUGUGAAACUCAACCCCUCAUGAGAGCAUUAGUCUCUUAUUUCUUAGAUGGAAAUCGGACAAAUCAUCCCACAACUACAAAUGACUACAUCUCCCAUGAUACAUUGCAAUGUAUAGUCUUGUGUUGCAAAAGCUGCUUCUUCUCUGACCUCAUGACUGAGUCACUUUCAUUAGCAAAAAAAAAAAAAAAAAGAAACAAAGAAAGAAUUUUGGGACUAAUCAAUUAGAUGGAGUUAAAAGCACACAUUGGUUAACAAUAAAACAGAAAUUGUUUUAUUUUAGGUGAUGAAAAAAACAAAUCACCAGAUUACCAUUCAGUAGUGCCACAGCACCACGUUACCCAGUGACUUGAGUGAGAGCAGUCCCUGAUAAGUAUGGUAGCUCAUUGCAAUGUUGGAUCCAGAUGAGGUCUUUGUAGACUUCCAUUACUACUUUCGUAGAUGCCAGGCGUUAUUCCUUGUAAUGGUGGAGUUUCAAAUAGUGCUCCUGUAACAGUCUCAUUUCUCCUGUUGGUUUGCACAUACUCAGACCAAAUCACCCGCAUUUGAGGAAAAACAACAACAACAACAAAAAAAAAUGAAAACAAAGCAAAAGACAAUCCUGGAAUAUGAGUCAUUUUAUGACAGUUGAAAUUCCCAGGUAACAGCUAGAUAAAUUAGAGGUCUUUCUGAGUCUAUGUAAGGUAGUGUGUCGGUGAGGAUUUGUAAUAGAAGGGGACAAACACAGCAUAUUUAAUGACAGAGGGUGGGGUGGGUUUUUGUUGGCGGAGCACUCAUCACUGAAUAGACGUAUAUGUGUAUCUUAUUUCUAACUCUAUUUUUGUUAUCGAUGUUUGCCAUUGUUAUUAAUGAGACAUUUUGGUUAUCUUGUAUUUGUUGUGUAAAGUAUAAAGUGGUCUUUUCCAAGCUUUUUGUACAUCACUGACAUAUUCAUGAUUUGCCCUGUAUGUUCACAGUCAGCAUUCAAGGAGUGAGACUCAAUGGCAAUCACCCUGGCCACUACUUUAUCAUACAGUUCAAUCUGACCCUACAGCAGAAUUGCUCAGAUAUACAAUUAAAAACAGCAUUUACUCAUUGUUUGGAUGGGAAGAUGUGACAUAAAAUUAUGUGUUUGCUAAUGGAAAACAAAUGAUUUUUAAAUGCCACCACAAGGACAGUAUGUCCAGUAGAGUGUAACAUGGUUUAUUUUGUUUCACAACAAAGUUGUCAUUUAAAACAACCUCCUGCUUUGGCGAAUUAUCACAUAUAACAGCAAAUUUGUAUUUUUGCCAGUGUCUCCUCUGCAAUGUCUAUAGCCAGGGUGAUUACCAAUGAGCAUUUGUGUAGAGAAGGGCACCAAGGGCUUAAUCUCUGAAAACUUAAAACCAGGGAAAGUGUUCAUUUGGCCACACCAUUACACGUCUCUCAAUCAGCCUCAUGAGGCACAUCAAUGUUACUGUGUGUGUAUGUUUGCUGUGGUGAUUCCAAUAGAACACUCUCUGGUCCCUGAGUGUCUUCUUUUGAAUUGUAUUUCAUUUCACGUUUUAGUUCAAUUGCCAGUGAGAUUCACAUUUUAAAUGACAGAUGUAAUGUAAACAUUUUUUUUUUAAAUAGAGGUUAAGCCCUGGGUGUCCGUGAGUUGCAUUUCACAUCCAAGGUGCAACUCAGAAUUUAAAAAGCUUAAAAUGAAGAAAGAAAAAAAUGUUAAAAACAAUUCUUUUUUUUAAUUGCUGCCUAAUGCAGCAGCAGUCGAAUAUGGUUCUAACCAUUGCCUGUGUUAUGUUUUGUUUUCUUUUUUGUGGUGCUUUGUAUAGUUAUUAUGAUUAAUUAUUAUUAUUAUUGUUAAUGUUAUUAUUUUGUUUGUUUCUACUUCUGUACCUUCUAGGAACAGCAGACCUAUGCUCAGUUUCUCUUUGUAUACCAAUGUGAAGCUUUGUAUUUUUUCCUUCUGGUUUUUGACUCAGUGAAAGUGUGAUGUUUACAUGUACAGAUUUUAAACUGAUUUUUCCUCCACUCCAUACCCCCCACCUCCCUUUCGCUACCUUCGUCUCUCUCACCUAGCCCAGAUAACUGUAAUCAGACUCCAAUCCCAUGCUUUAAAAGGAAACGGGGCUUCUUUUUAGAUGCAGAGAAGUCACGUCCAUGUUUAUUUGAACUGCAGUUGAGGUCCUUGCACUCUAUAUAGUCAGUAAUAUUUUUGCACAAAGAAAAAGCACAGCUGUGCUCAAUGCUUUUCAUGACAAAAGGUAUACGUCUCUUCUAAAACCUCUUACGACCUUCUGAACCAUCUGUAAUCCAUCACCUUGUAUUGGAGGCUGUCACUACGGUCGAGUAUGUCAACAGUCAACCACACCGACAAGCCUGGCCAUUUUUGGGAAUGUGGUGAAAGUGUAUGGCUUUGACCCAGGAGACCUGAGUGUAGGGCGCACAGGGAUGGUCGCCAUCUGCCUUUACCACACGCUGUUUCUGAAGUGCUGUAACAAACAAACAAACCCAAAACCAACUCCCGUAGAUGUUUUACCUCCUCAACCUUAAGGAGAAAUGAAAAUCACCCUACUUCUAGCGCCUUAUGUUGUAAUUCUCACAGCGAGAUAUAGCAUUUAGGGUACAACUAAAGGCUUUGCAGACCAGGGGAGGGGGUAAAGGACAGAAAUCACACCUGGAGCCUGUGCAAGGGCCUUUUACAUUAGACUCAGCGAUUUCUGGCUUCCAACCUUGGGAUGAUGGCUUCAGACUGGGGGACCAGAGAGGGAAGGAGCUUCACAUGGUGUCAAAGUGCUCUAUUCAUACCUCUGCCCAACAAUGCAAACAAGACACUUGUUAAAGACGAUUAAGCUAAGGUGGCCAUCCAAGAUUUAAAACAAAAAAAAAGUUUGUAGUUUUGACAAUUCUUUCAGUAUAGUGUUUGGCAUAUUGUGGACUUUUUGUGUGUUUUUGGGAUUCUGAUGUUUAAUGGAAAUGCCUUCAAAGGAUCAUUGUCUCUCUCUUUCUGCAUGUCAGACCAAAGCUUUUUCCUGGGUUUGUAGAUGCCGUGGCAGAGGCAUGUUCCGGGGUGCGCUUUGACCUCUUGUAAAAGCUCCUUAGUGAUGUAAAAGCCAUUUCCCUCCCUCGGAUAGUCUUAACAGGGGAACACAAGAACCUCAGGAAAUGUUGAAUCUCUGAGUUUGUUUUAUAUCGAGGCACAUUUGUCUUGACUUAACAGUCCACGUUCUCUCUCGGAUUCCAUGUCAUUUGUAUUGGAUUUACUAUUGUUCCUUUUUUAUAUUUAUUAUUGUGAUUUAAAAGUGAAACAUUUUUUUCCAGUACUUGUGGCUGAAUAUUUUAAUUCUUUAGAAAAGUGUUGAUAAAUAUAAAUAUAUAUAAAUAUAAAUAUAUGUGAUGCGAAAAUGGCGGGAAGAUUCAUGUCUGUUUGUUCCAUGUAAAGAAGAAGAAAAAAAAAACAAAAAGAGGCUGAAAAAUGGUCUGCCUCCUACAUAUCACUUUAAAUGAGAGACUCCUACCCUUUCUGAGGUGACACUUUGACUUUUCAGUGUGAUGUCGACGCUACAGUAAACUUGUUGGUUUCCCAACAGCCGCAGCAUUGCUAGGUUCUUUCCUUGUGAGGUGUCUGUCACAAAGCUGAGUAAAUGAAUAAAACAGUGCCCUGAGAUAUCCAAUGGAAA